GCAGUCGCUGUUGGUGGCGGGUGGAGCCGUGGAGGUGGUGGCGGUUACAGUGGGGGAAAGGAACGCGCCGGGCGGAGCGGCCAAUCGGGAAAGGGCGCAAGCAGAUCCAGGGAUCCCCUGGAUUUCUGCACCCAGACUUUGCCCGUAAUCCAUCCGCGCUUUCCGCGCGCACCCCACACCGGUCGGCGUCACCCCCGUGUCGUCCCGUCCCCCCUCAUUCCUCCUCCUCCCGCUUCGGCGCGCGGUGAAAGCGAUCGAGCUUACUACUGCCUUGCUGCUAGCCUAACCAGCUUCUGUUGUGCAGAUAUAUAAAUUAAAGUUGAGCCACAGACAGGUGGUAAGCCCCAUCGCGUGUUCUUCUCGUCGAUCUCUCUCGUCUCUAGCUUCUAGUGUGUCCUCCGCCUCCGGGUCUGAUUCUUUCUGAUUGGCGAGGAGGAGGAGAACUCAACGGACAAACUAAAAUUGGCGCGUCUGCAUGGUGAGGCUUGUGUUCUUCCUGCAGAAUAUCAUCUAAGAAACAAAAUAUUGGAGGUGGUCUGACCGUCUGAGAGAUGGACACUUUCUCCCAUGUCCCCCCUGGAUUCCGUUUCCACCCCACCGAUGAGGAACUCGUUGAUUACUACCUGAGGAAGAAGGUGGCAUCGAACAAGAUCGACCUCGACGUCAUAAAAGACGUCGAUCUGUACAAAAUUGAGCCUUGGGAUCUCCAAGAGAAGUGCAAGAUCGGGAUGGAGGAGCAGAACGAGUGGUACUUCUUCAACCACAAAGACAAGAAGUACCCGACGGGCACACGCACCAACCGGGCGACCACCGCUGGCUUCUGGAAGGCGACGGGGCGGGACAAACCCAUCUACACCAGGAGCUGCCUCGUCGGGAUGAGGAAGACGCUCGUCUUCUACCGGGGCCGCGCGCCCAACGGCCAGAAGUCCGACUGGAUCAUGCACGAGUACCGCCUCGAGACCAACGAGAACGGAGCGGUCCCUGAGGAAGGAUGGGUGGUCUGCAGGGUGUUUAAGAAGCGAUUGGCGACGGUGCGGAGAAUGGCUGACGGCUCGCCGUGCUGGUUUGACGACCAUGUCACCGGGUUCAUUCCGGACCUCGGCUCGCCGAGGCACCCGAUGCACCACCACCACCCGAACGCGGCGGCGUACGGUGGCCAUCAGCCCUACCACUGCAAGCCGGAGCUGGAGUACCAUCAUCUCCUGCCCAGCCAAGAGGCCUUCUUGCAGCAGCUUCCUCAAUUAGAGAGCCCCAAGCCUCCCGCCUACAUUGGCCAUGGGAGCAGCCUCCAGUCCCCCGACAAGGCUUCCAGGUAUACCGCGCAGCAACCACCGAUGGAGGCGGCUUACAUGAUCGCCGGCGACGACUCGGUCACCGACUGGAGGGUUCUCGACAAGUUCGUCGCGUCUCAGCUGUUCAGCCACGGCGAAGGCACUCAGAAAGAGUCCAGUUACUUCAAUCCGGCGCAGGUGUUUCAGGCUGAGAACAACAAGCAGGAAGAAGCGCUGGACUACGCUUCCACGUCUGCCUCCGGUGGAGGCGAGGCAGACCUGUGGAAAUAGCUUCAGAAGAAACAUACAGUUAACCAUUUGAUGCCGUUACAAUUCAUGCCACCAAAAUCUGAUCUAGUGUACAAAUACAGCCGGCUAAAUAUGAUACAUACAUAUAUACAUGUAUUAUAUAUAUAUAAAUAUAAACCGAAGUGGUUAUAUAUAUUACUUGACAUCAGGUCUCUGGAUCUGAUGUUAAUAGGGUAGCUUAAAGCUGGAGCUAAGGAGCUUCUGCAACUGACUUGACAAUUUGCAAAAAUAGUCAAGCUGUCGAUGGACGUCGAUUUGUGUAGUCCAUCAUUCAAAGGGGUAGCAAUGGUCGCUGCCCAUGCAUUGGUAAUGUUUAUGAAAUUUAU